AUGGCUCAGAAUAAUAGUGAUUCUGGUCACUAUUUAUCUCAUAAAGCAGUAAUCAAAGAUUCCAGUAUGACUACGAAAGUGCGACCUGUAUUCGAUGCAUCAUUGAUGGAUGAAAAUGGGAAUUCCUUGAAUGCUUGUCUCGAAAAGGGGCCGAAUUUAAUAGAAAUGCUUCCAAAACGUUUUAUACAAUUCCGGCAACAUGCCAUUGGUGUUACUGCCGAUAUAAGGAAAACUUUCUUACAAAUCAGUUUGUGUGCCAGAGACAGAGACUUUUUGAAAUUCCUGGGUGGAAAGAUUCAAAAAACCGAGAUUGUACCUACAAACUGUGUUCGUGUUCGGCAUUCUUCGGUCAUUCCUUUGGGCGCAACAUUUCUUACAUUUGAAUGCUCCACAAAUUUAGAGGAACGACUAGAUUGA